UCACCUAUGGGCUAUGAGACUGCGACUUGUCGUUUGAAAAUCUUUUCCUAGGAAGAAAGAAAAGAAGUGGAGAGAAAAUGUUGCAGUUCCCGGGGUUCAUGACGGAGUACACAUGGUCGACGACGAAGAUUCCGACGUCGUUGUUGCUUCCAUCUCAGUGGCCUCAGCCCCACAACGAAGAACUCCUCCUCGCCAUGGAAGAGUCCGAAUUUGAAGACAAGCUGAAUGAAAUCAGGAAGACUAAUAGCAACGUUGUUGUGAUUGGGAAAACCACUACUGACAAUGACAAGGAAGACUAUGACAACGACGCAGAUGACGACGAUGCUGACAAUGCAGAGGAAUCUGAAGGUGAAGAAUUCGAGCAGGAAACUGGUUAACAUGCUAAACUUUUUCUAAUUCCCUUUCGUGACCAUAUUUCAAAGGACCCGCACAAUGCUUGUUUUUUAUUCACUUGGGCAGUUUUAUUAGUUAUGUAAAAAGCUCUAUUCUUCUAUUCCAUAUGAAAGAGUAUCCUGGUUUU